AUGUCUCUCAUGCGAAAAUGUCACGCCAAAGCCUUCCAAAAAUCAUAUGGCCGUACAAUGUCAAUUUCUACCAGCUCUUCCAAGAGACCAUCCAUGGCCGUCCUAGAUGAUUACCUGGGCAUUUCACACAAGCACCUCUCUCAAAUUCCGCGCGACAAGUUACCGAUCACCAUAUUCCAAGACUCGUUUCCUGCAUACACCCACCCUCAAACAACACAGGCCGAGAAGCAGGCUCUGGUCGACCGCCUAAAACCAUUCACAAUCAUAUCUAGCAUGCGUGAACGCACUCCCUUUCCUGCUGAACUCCUACGACAACUACCAAAUCUAAAACUAUUGUUAGCAACAGGCACUCAAUUUGAAACAUUUGACUUGGACGCCGCCAGAGACCUUGGUAUCAUAGUUGCAGCAGCCCCCGGCAAAGGCCGCACGGAUAAUCGCCCUGCUUAUACAUGUAUUGCUCGCCCAAAAAUUGAUAUCAAGAAAGGCGGCAGCCAUCCCACAACACAGCACACAUGGGCACUGAUUCUUGCGCUCGCACGCAAUAUAGCAAAUGAUGACGCUGUCAUGAAAAACCCGGCGGUGCUGGGAUGGCAGACGCAGCUUGCCAAGGGACUCACGGGCGCAAUUCUGGGUGUAGUCGGACUGGGUCGACUGGGCGCAGCGGUUGCACGCGUUGGGUCGUUGGCUUGGGGCAUGGAAGUGGUUUGUUGGAGCGAGAAUCUCACUCAGGAUAAAGCGAAUCGGAAGGCUGAAGAAAUGGGUCUUCCUGUUUAUGGAGGAAGUGGAGGUGGCGCGGAUCCGGAUGCGCCUACUUUCAGGGCUGUGAGUAAAGAAGAGCUCUUUCAACGUGCUGAUGUUGUGUCUCUGCAUUACGUCUUGAGUGAGCGGUCUCGGGGCAUUGUUGGCGCGAAGGAGCUGGGGAUGAUGAAGAACUCGGCUUUAUUGGUGAAUACAUCGAGGGGCGCCCUGGUUGAUGAGGACGCUCUGUAUAAUGUUUUGAGAGAUGGCGGCAUUGGUGGUGCAGCUUUGGACGUCUUUGAUAUUGAGCCAUUGCCUGCUAUUAGCCGGUGGCGUUCGCAGGAAUGGGGCUAUGGAGGACGAAGCAAUUUGCUGCUUACGCCGCACAUGGGCUAUACAGAGGAAGGACUCAUGCAUACGUGGUACGAGGAGACUGCCGAAAAUGUAGAGCGAUGGAUGGAGAAUAAGGCCAUCAUAAACCGCAUUAAUUAG